CGUCAGGUAAGCGCGUGGAAUCAUAUCUUUAUUACUCUUUAAACUAAAUAAAAUCUCAUGAAUUGACAUUGUGUCAAUAACCCAUAUAUUUUGUAUUACCAUUCAAUCACCAUCUUCGCUUUCUGAAGAAUCGCAUCUAAACAACGGUAUAACUUACUCUUUGCUAAGUAACAAUGGGAGGCGGUAAGGAUAAGCAUGAUGAACAUGACAAGGGUCUUUUUGGGCAUGGUCAUAGUCAUGGUCAUGGUGUCCCCGGAUACCCUCCGGGCCAAUACCCGCCACAACCUGGACAAUACCCCCCACAAGGUUAUCCCCCGCAGCAGGGCUACCCUCCUGCAGGAUAUCCUCCUGGUGCUUAUCCUCCUGCAGGCUAUCCUCCAGGUGCUUACCCGCCAGCUGGUUACCCUGGUCCCUCUGCUCAACACCAUUCAGGGCAUGGUGGCAUUGGGGCAAUGCUUGCUGGGGGCGCUGCUGCUGCUGCAGCUGCUUAUGGUGCCCACCAUUUGUCUCAUGGCAGUCAUGGCAAUCACCAUGGAAUACCCGGUGCUCACUUAGGAGGAUAUGGUUCACAUGGUGGAAAGUUCAAGCACCAUGGUGGCAAGUUCAAGCACCAUGGAAAGUUCAAGCAUGGGAAGCAUGGAAAGCACGGAAUGUUUGGAGGAGGGAAGUUCAAGAAAUGGAAGUGAGGAGCCUAUCCGUUAAGAAAAUAUGAACUUUAACUGACUUUACAGUUGCAAACUCAAAGUUUCUUUGAAUAAACCGCAUAUUUCAUAAUGCAACUGUUUUUAUCUUUUUCUUCCCCCCUUUCCCUCCCGCCUUUAAGCAGUUGUAUAUGCUGAUGUUGAUGUUAUAUGAUUAUAAAAUGUUCGAUUUGGUUCUAAUUUGUUUGUUACA